AUGAAUGUAAGUCCAGAGGAAAACAAAUGUGUAAGGUCGGCCAUUCAGCCGCAGAGGCACGGCAGAGAUAACAUUCAAAUUAAUGUACAUAAAUUAAGAUCCAAAUUGGAAUUGCUAAAUAAGGAGCGAUAUAUCUUCAAUUCGGAUAAUUUUCGAAGCGUCGAAGACGACACGCCCGUGCUGGUGGUCCAAGUCCACAGAGAUAUCCAGCGGCUGCAGUACUUAGUGCUGUCGCUGGCUCGGGUGCGGGACAUAAAGGAUGUCCUCGUUGUUUUCUCACACAGCUACUACGACGAUGCCAUAAAUCAACUCAUAAGGAGCAUCGACUUCUGUAAAGUGAUGCAGAUAUUCUACCCACAUUCCGUUCAAUUACAUCCACAUAGGUUUCCUGGUGUUGAUCCGAACGACUGCAACGGCAAUGUCACAGAAUACUGCCAGUACCGCGACGCGCGAAUAGCGGAGAAGAAGCAGCACUGGUGGUGGAAAGCAAACUUUAUCUUUGAGCAGAUGAAAUGGUCAAGUAAAUAUUAUGAAGGUCUAGUGCUAUUUUUGGAGGAAGAUAAUUAUGUCGCACCUGACUUGUUACACGUGCUGCGACAUAUACAAAAGUCGUUCUGGUAUUUUCCUCAUAUAGAUGUAGUGUCAUUUGGGAAGCCGUAUAGACGGGGUUCGAGAAGUGAUCUAUUGAUACUAGAGCCGUGGCAGCCCCCGUUUCACGUCGGCCUGGCUUUCAACGCGAGUGUCUGGAAGCGAAUCAAGUUUCAAAACGGAGAUUACUGUAUGUAUAACGAUUACAAUUGGAAUUAUUCGCUGCUUAACAUGUUCCACAAGUUUCUGAAAGGUCACGCGGAUAUGAUCGCUUGUCAGACUCCCCGAGUGCUGUCGACGAGAGAAUUCGAAAGUAAGCACUUCCUGAAGAAUAUUAAUCAGAUUAUGGAGAAUGUGGAAUGGUUUCCAGAGAAGGUGCGGGCGGUGUACGUGUUCGGGCCGAAGGGUCGCGUGCAGCCGGAGCUGUCGGUGCCGCGGCGCGGCGUGGGCGGCUGGGCCGACAUCCGUGACCAGAUGCUGUGCCUCGAUGUGCUGGCCGUCACCACCACUGAAGAGUCACGGUAUUAUGAAGAAAAUUAUGAGCAUAAACCGAAUGUAAAUGAAACUAUAACGUAA